AUGAGGAAUAGACCAAUUAUUCUGAAAUUGUGGAACCCUGAUUUUGACUUUAAGCAAGAGUUUAUGAUAGAGAUUCUGCUAUGGGUGAAAUUUCCUAAACUUCCUAUGAGUUGUUGGGGAUGUGGAUCACUAGGCAGGAUUGCUAGUGCAUUAGGCAAACCUCUAUUUGCUGAUGAAUGUACAACUAAGCAAAUGAAGAUUUCAUAUGCUAGAAUGUUGAUUGAAGUUAAUGUAUCCAAGCCACUGCCGGAUACAAUAGUAGUAAUGGAUCCAGAUGGAAAAAAGUUUCAACAAGAAGUGGAGUUUGAAUGGAAGCCCCAAUUCUGUCCAAAAUGUCAAGUUAUUGGACACAAUUGUACUAAGAAACCUGAGCUGCAAGUGAUGGAUAGACAAGUACAUAACAGAAGAGGAGGGGAACAAAAGAAGAUAGUGCAGGAAUGGAAGCCAAAAGAAACUAUGCCCAAGCAGAAUGAUGAACAACAACAGGUGACUACAGAAGGUAAUCUAAAUGGAGUGGAUGAUAGAAUGAUUAAACUGCAGCAACAAGAAAGUGCAACACCAGAUGAGAAGGAUAGAAGUCUCAGUAAAGGAAAGGAGCAGAUGCCUAAUCCAGAAUUGAACCUAACCAAUUUUUCUGAAUUGAGUGCAAUGAUGGUGUCCAAAGCUAGGAUUGGAGCUACAGGGUUAAAACAGAGAGAGAUGCAGAGAAUAAGGCAAGCUAAACCUCCUGACCAAGGAGGACCUAUCAUAGCUCAAUGA